AUGGCUUCUUCUUCCGAUACUGGAGUAUCAGAUACAUUAGACCCCAUGGCGAUUGUAUCGGACAAUGAGAUACUAUCCGAGGGAGAGGUUUACACGUCAGAUACCACGAGCACGAAUGAUGAUGAUUUUCAGCCAUUAGCUCUGCCCGACUUCGGGGAUGAGGUUCAACCUGCUGAUGGCAUUCUAGCUGGGGAUCCACCUCUUGCUGAGAUCCCUGCUCCUGUUCCACUUGCCGCAUUUCCCGUAGCGGAUUUGCCACUCGAUGUUGUGUCUGAUGACGACAUCGAUCUUUUUGUUGAGGGUCCCCCUGAGGACGACCAUGAGGGUGGGGCCCCGAUUGCUGAUGAUGUCGCCAUUCCUAUUGCUGAGGUUCCUGCGGAGGAGGCUCCGUCUGAUUCACCUGGUCCAGACUCGUCUAAGUCUGUGGCAUCCGCUUCCUUGCACGACCGAGGCGUGCAGCACUACUCCCCUGGCGCUGACUCAGACAUAGCGAUGUCAGCUGCACCUGGUUCACCCCACGAGUUUGAGUUUGAUUAUGAGUUCGAGGACGAGUUUGAUCCAGUUUUUCCUCCUAAUUUUGUUCCCGAUCACGAGAUCGAGUUUAUUCCUGUUGACCAGUCCUUGGAGGCACCAGUGGCUCCUAUUGAUCAGUUUCUUGAUAUACCUGCCGACUUUGAUAUGGACUUUGUCGACCCUGAGCCUGUCGUGGCACCAGAGCCUGUUAUUGCUCCUGAUCCUGUACCGGUGCACGACCCUAUUCUUGUGGAUGCACCAGCCCUUGCACCACCUAUUGUUGAUAUUCCCGUUGUUGCACCACCAGUGGCGGAUGUUCCUAUUGCUGAUGCACCCGCUCUAGCACCACCUGUUGUCGACCAUGCACUAUUUGCCACGCAUGUCGACCCUCGAUACGCCGACACCCACAACGGGUGGAUCGACGAUGAUGAUUAUCCCCUGUUCGUGCUACCAGUCACUCCUCCUGUAGCACCUGAUAUUCCUCCACCUCGUCUUGGGGAGGGUUCGUCGAGGCAGCAGCCUGCUUUUGUUCCACCUGUAUCAUCAUCUGUUCCGUUCAUGUCCCAGUUCCCUCACACUACACCAUCUUUUGUACCUUCGGGCGAGCCGUUUCUGUGGUCUAUGCCCAAUGUUAUGCCGUUAUCAGACCCGUAUCACCCUUUCCAUGUCGGAUAUUCCACUGAGGACAUACUUGCAUCCGUGCAGCUACAGCAGGAUGCUCUGAGUCGUCGAGUCGGGGAGUUAGAGAGGACUCCACGUCCUCCCCCAUGUCACUGUCAGACUCCUUUUGCCGCACCACACGCUCCCCUUCCGCUACCCCCUGAUUCGGAUGUUCGUUUCCUUACACCUGAGCAGCAGAUUGCCUAUUUGCUGCGCGUUAUUCAUGCCCUUGAGGAGGAUUGGGUGCACAUGCGCCGUUUGCUUUUCUCUUAUCUUCCUCCUCCUCCUCCGCCAUCAGCGUAG